AUGUGGAAAUUCAACAGGAAGCUCGCCCGUCUUACUUACCGUCUUUAUUCAAGCUCGGGUCCGAGCUCGCCCCUACAUGGGAAGAAGAAACUGCCGCAGAAUCUGAAAUUCGUUGUCUUGAACCCUACUCAAUCUGGGCUGGUGAAAAAUGAUCAGAAGCUGCCUAGACACAGGCCGUCCAAGAGACGUACCCAUAAGGACACUGGAGACGACAACGCCGAUUUCGGCUCGAAACUCCUUGUCUUUGAAAAGCAGAACUCGCUGGAUUCUGCAUUGAACUCUAUCCGAUUGAAAAAACCAACAAGCGCUAGCCUACCCUCCCUCGAAUAUACCGCUCUCCUCCAGUCACUUACAUCGAGCUACAAUCGUUACCAGUUGCGCGAAUUCAUCUCCACACAUCACCCAGACUCCCCUUUACAUCUGACGCACUGGAAGAAAAGCAAACUAUCUCAAUAUAUAAUUGAAAAAAUCUGGAACUGUCAACCAAUAUCAACACCCACCUCUCCCACGGGCAUCAAAUCCACAUCUCUGACUUUCCAGUUCGAUACUCCUAGGGAAAUUUUCCUUUUGCUCAUCACUCAAAAUGGUAAAAUACUCACCAACUUUAAUAAACUCGGGUUGACCUUUAUCAUCUCCAUCCAGGAUAAUGAAUUGACUGUCAAGGGUUCCCCUAGUUUGCUCAAAUAUGCGGAAAUAUCCUUGAACAAAAUAUGGUCAAACAUUACUCAUGAAAACGUUCGUGUAUAUUCUCUCACGCCAUCAAAAGACGUUAUCAACCUUAUUCAAAAGGAAACUCACACUUUUUUUGAAUACCUCCCGGAUUCACAAACGUACAAGAUUUCAGCCCUAAGUACCAAGAAAAUAUCCAUGGCCAAAGUCUUCUUGUUAAACGCUCUCGCUUCUAACCCGCGCACAACCCAACACCACCACACAAUGGCCUCUUUAGCGCUCAAAACAGAGCUUUAUCCGUUUAAUAACACUCUAGAGAACUUGGACUGGCUGAACAAGGCUCAGGAUUGGGCAAGGUUACGUUCAGUCGUCCCUAAAAGUUGCACAGAUCUAGCAACUCGCACUGCUACCGCCGCAUCACAUUUGACAGAUGCGCAGAUCAGUCAAUACGAAUCCUUCUUGUCUACAAAUACACCAUCUCCCUCCGCUUCCAACUCUAUCUCACAAUCCUUAUCAAUAACGUUAGGUUACUCCCUACAGUCCGCCUCUUCUUCCAGUAUUUUCCAACCUCUAAUACAUAAGAGUUUCAUUUCAAAAUUGCUGAAUCUACCAAUUCACAAAGAAUCAUCAUCGUCCGCUCCUGUGCCUCUUGAUCAACAUCUAAUAACAAACGCGCAUCAAUCCUUUAUACAGUUGAAUUUCACUCCUGUGCCACUCACUCCUAGCUCCGCGUCGUCUCCUUUCAUGCAAAUUUGGUUUGAGAUUGACGAAUUCGAUAACAUUGUUACCACCUCAAUGAGGCCUCUUUUGAAACUGCAAGAAAAUUCCGUUAUUUUAAGAACUCCUCAAUGUCAGACGGACUACAAAAUCACGUCAGAUUACAUUCAAGAUCUUCUUCCUGAUUUCGACCAGACCAAGCCGGAUGCCUGGUUAUCUGAACAAAAAGGUCUCCAAGAGUUUCUUCUCAAGUCGCACUGGAAAUUGAACAGAUAUCAAAACCUUCUGAAAAAAAUUACAAUUUCUUUACCGGAUAACCUAGUACAGCAAUACCAAUUGACCGAUAUUUUGACUCAUCGUGUCUUGAAUUUACAAUUUCCAGCCAACUCUUCCCAAGAUGAUAAAUACAUCAUUCAAUAUUCUGAUAUUAGCCGCGGGUUUUUAAACAAUGGCUCCUAUAGACAGUUGGAUUUCAUCAAUGUGGACCCCGGUGAAACCUCACUGAAAACUUUUAUUAAUGAUGUUUUAGACUUUUGA